AUAACUCGAGCUUAGCCAUUCGUCUCUUCUAAUUCUCUCUAUCUACUUAUCCAAAAUCAAAGAAUUAGAGAAAACCAUGAAGGUCAAAACAGAAAGUUCAAAAAUCAUUAAGCCUUUCUAUGAAGACAACAUUAUCUCUCCUUCUACUAGAACCUGUAUUCCCCUUAGUGUCUUUGAUAAGGUCACGUAUGAAGCCCAAAUUGCUAUCAUCUAUGCCUAUCGCCCUCCCACUCCACCAAACGCGGCGAUUCAAUUGGGGCUUCAAAAGGCCCUAGCGAUUUACAGGGAGUGGGCAGGGAGAUUAGGUAAGGACGAACAUGAUAAUCCAGUAAUCUUGCUCAACGAUGAGGGUGUUCGAUUCGUUGAGGCAUCAGCCGAUAGCACUCUUGAUAAAGUUAUGCCCUUUAAGCCUUCGGCUUCUUUGCUUAACUUACAUCCUAGCUUGAACAAUGUGGUCGAGUUGGUGCAAGUUCAAGUCACGAGGUUUACUUGUGGCUCGUUGGUGGUCGGGUUCACCGCCCACCAUACUGUGGCUGAUGGCCAUUCCACUAGCAACUUUUUAGUUGCAUGGGGUCAAGCCUGUCGAGGGCUUGGCAUUAAUCCACUUCCUUUACAUGAUCGUACAAUUUUCAACCCUCGAAACCCUCCUCUCAUCGAGUAUGAGCAUAAGGGGACGGAGUUUAUGUCAAAAUCAGUUAAAAAGGAAAAUUCACUCAAUGAAAGUACUCAUUAUGUAACGGAAGAUAUAGUGGUGCACAAAGUCCAUUUCACCGUUGAGUUUCUAGCGAAACUCAAGGCAAAAGCCUCUUCGAUGAAUAACAACAAUAAUAAACCUUAUAGCACAUUUGAGAGCCUUGUUGCACAUUUAUGGAGGGCCAUCACUAAAGCGCGAGGCCUAAGUGGCUUCGAGACAACUCAUAUAAGAAUCUCAGUCAAUGGUAGAAUGAGGUUGAACCCCAGAGUACCUAAUGAGUACUUUGGAAACUUAGUACUUUGGGCAUUUCCAACAUCAAAAGUGAAGGAUCUUCUAAGAGAGCCUCUUCCUUAUGCAACAAAGCUCAUUCAUGACGCGGUUACAAAAGUAAACAACAACUAUUUCAGAUCGUUCAUAGACUUUGCUAAUCACAAAGAAGAAGAUCUCAUACCAACAGCAGACAUGAGCAAGCACAUAUUAUGUCCUAAUCUCGAAGUUGAUAGUUGGUUAAGGUUUCCAUUCUACGACUUAGAUUUUGGAACGGGGUGUCCGUACAUGUUCAUGCCUUCAUAUUUCCCAACAGAAGGCAUGAUGUUUCUUCUACCAUCAUUCAUUGGAGAUGGAAGCAUUGAUGCUUUCAUUCCAUUGUUUCAAGACAACUUGCCCACCUUCAAGAAAAUUUGCUAUUCUUUAGACUUGCUUGAGAAUUAAUUACUUCAAUGAUAUUAAUCCUAAACUAUGUGAUGAUAUGAAAAUUCAUUUGCUAAUUCCAUUUUAUGUUUUUAAAUUUUAAUCUUUUACUCUUCCUCAUUGCUAAGCGCAAGGGAGGAUGGGAAAUAUUUCUAUAUAUAUAUAUGUUGUUGAAUAAUAG